UCUGUCUUCCGCUUCGCCCUCUCCUCGUACAAAAAGGCCCAAAAGCCACCCAGCCGCCGCACCUGCCCCCCACAAACCCUAGCAAGAGAGGCUGAAUCGUUUGGGGGCGGAAAAAGAGGAGGGAGUUGAAGAUGGUGAGGAAGUUUAAGGGAGUGACGCCGCGGGCGCAGGAGCAGCGCGGCACGGCCCCGGAACUCGUCGCCGUGCAGGAGGCACCACGUGAUGAUGUUUUAAUGAAGGAUGCUGCAUUGAAACGCAAAAUCAUGAAAGUGCCUAAGUCAGGUUCCAAUCGUGGCGUCGCUGAGAAUAGCGAUGAUCAGAUUCGUGAUUCCGUGCUAAAGAUUCGGAAAAUACGGGAUUCUAUUCUUCGCGAGGAAUUCAUACUUCAAGACAGAAGUGCUCAAUGUGAUAUGGACAUACAGAAAAUUAAGAAAGAAGAGAAGAUGACAACGGGAGUGUUGUCGUCAAUGAUGGACAAAUAUAAGCAACCUAGCUCAAAUAUAAUGAAAGUUGCCAAUCUAGCUUUCUCUGGUGAUGAUGGCAUAACCAAGAGCACUAGGAGGAUGGAAUUGAGCUUGAAGGAGGCACUCGCCCAACGCAAUAAAUGCAUGGAGCUUGAUAAGAUCUGUUGUGAUUGCGAUUGGAUGGCCCCUAGAUACACAGUAGUACCUUCACUAGCAGAUGGAAUGCACGUCGGUGAAGUACGUUUGAGAUGCCCUGAUUUUGAGAUGAGCAUCAUUGGUGAUCCUUGUCCGACCCCACAUGAUGCGAGGUGCUCUGCAGCUGCCAAUAUGAUACUGGAGCUUGUUAAGAAGGCAGAGGAAAAAGAACAACAUGAUAACUGAUGCAAAGUUGCUAGCUCGGAACUAGCAGGCGCUAAGGCUAAUAUUGCCAAAGAGUGAAAUAAAGCAACUUAGCUAUUUGUUGUUUCGAUGUAUGAACGACUUAAUGAUUUGUGUUGUACGAGUUUGUACUAUAUUGCAUUGUGGCUCAUGCGUGCUGACCAUGUGCUCAAACGGAUUAUUUUUACCAUUAUUUUACUGAAUUUUUCCUUUUUGGGAGAACCUAUUCAAAUUUGCUUUUGGGCGUAAUUUCACUUAUGUGCA